UAAAAAGUAUAUCUUUCGUCAUUCGUUCUGUUCGUUUUUACGAAAAAUUUAAGUGUAAAAUUUCUUUCCCGCAAAGUAAAAUUCUUGCAAUAAUAAAAAAAAUUUAGAAAAAAUCGACAAAUAAUAAUGACUAGUCAAACCCAGGGUAUACAACAGUUAUUGGCCGCUGAAAAAAAAGCUGCCGAGAAGGUUGCUGAAGCUAGAAAACGCAAAGCUAGACGUUUGAAACAAGCCAAAGAAGAGGCUACCGAAGAAAUUGAAAAAUAUCGCCAAGAAAGGGAACGUCAAUUUAAGGAUUUUGAGGCCAAGCAUAUGGGUUCGCGUGAGGAUGUCGCUGCGAAAAUACGAGCCGAUACGCAGGUUAAAUUGUCACAAAUGGAAAAAGCUAUUGCCAAUCGCAAAGAUCCAGUUAUAAAAGAAAUACUGCAGUACAUUUAUCAAAUUGAACCAGAAAAGCAUAGAAACUAUCAACGGAAGUAAACAU